UUGGUGGCCCAUUUAGCCUAUCUCCGCCCCCAGCCCUCUUGCUCCCAUGAGGGCGGCUCUUAUAUUGCCCCAAAACUCCUCCCGACUGGCGCCUUUUUUCUUUAUCUGCAGAAGAGGAGACGCGCAUGCUAUUUAUAGGACCACGUUGGGACAAACCGCUUUACCUGCUGGUGUGAGAAGUAAACAUGAGCGACAAGGGGACAGUGGCAUCUAAGGAGAAGGAGACUGCAGAGAAGAGGGGUCGUGGAAGACCCCGCAAGCUUCCUCAGUCCCAUAAGUUUCAGGAGCCCAGCGGCUCGCCGACUCCAAAGAGGCCCAGAGGACGGCCCAAGGGCAGCAAAAACAAGUCCAAGGGCAAAACAAAGGCAGAACCUGCUCCUGGUAUAAAACGUAGAGGAAGACCCAAGAAGGAGGAAAAGGAAGAGAAGGCAUCACAGGAGUCAUCUGAGCAGGAAGAAGAGGAGGAAGAGGACCAGUAAUACACAACGGCAUGCUACCUCACUCAACAUACUGACUUACUGUUAACCGUAACUGGACUGUAUCUCCAAAACCAGUGCCACUUUCAAUGACCACUGUUCCCGACAGGGUCCUUGGCCCAAACAAAGGCUAACACAGUCCAUUUUUCAUGCAACAGCACUGGAUAAAACGCUGGACCUUGCUCAAGCAUAGAUCUAAGUAUCACAUGACAGCCGACAGCCCUUUUCUCUGUGUCAUGAAAUCACAAGUCUUUUAUACUGGAGAAGGUGGGCUUUUAGGGGCCUAGUGUUUUCUUCUUUUUUUUUUUUUUCCACCAAAAGAUGUUUUUUUUUUCUCUUUUUUUUUUUUUUUCUUCCU